UAUUCAUCAGUGUUUGACAUAGUAUGAAAAUAUUUUUUUGGAAUAAAAAGAAAAAGGAGAAGUACAACAAACACUUUAUCGAAGAGGAUUCAUUACAAGAAUUAGAAAUUAAAAUUGAAAAAUGGAUGUUUUUGCUGGCAUAACAAUUCAAGAGACGGUUCAUUUAGUGUCAAUGUUUAAUUACAUGAACACAUUGAGUGAUUUUCUAUUUUCAAAAUCGUUUAUAGAUGAAGAGGAGAAAUGUCAAUUGUUAGCGGUUGCAAAUGGAAUUUAUCGUUACAUUGAGGAUGAUACACCACCAAUUGGAAUUCAAGAAAGGAAGAGAAUUUUAAUAAAGGAAGCAAUUAGAGAAAGUGAUAUUUACAGUGAUGAAGAAAAGGAAAAUCCAAAUGCAAUAUUUGUCAAUGAAUUAUUUAGAAGAAUCAUCAUUUCCAUUGUUUUCAAUGACGAAACGAAUAUUUACGGAUUUAUCAUUAAGGUAAUUCGUAAUUCAAAAGUGGGAGAUGUUGGAAAAUUACUGGACAAAAUUAGGGAAGAAUUAAAUCAAACAUUACCUGGUUUGGUUUUUGAACGAGUAUUUAAUGACUAUAUUCUGCCAAUGUUUCCCCAACCGGUACAAAAUUUAGAAUCGCCAUCAGCAGGAGGAAAGGCAAAAGCAAAAGCAGCGUUAGCAGAAUCAUUAUUAGUAACAGAAGCAGUAGCGUUAGCAGAAUCAUUAACAGAAGCAGCAAAAGGAGUAACAACAAAAUUGGCAUCAUCAGUAGAAGCAGCAGUGGCAGAAUCAUCAUCAGUAACUGAAGCAGAAGCAUUUACAGCAGAAUUAGCAGAAUCAUCAGAACCAGUUAUAGCAACAUUAGUAAAAUCAUUAUCAGAAGCAACAACAGAAUUAGCAUCAUCAGUAGAAGCAGCAGUUGUCGAACCAUCAUUAGUAUCAGAAGCAUUUACAGCAGCAUUAGCAGAAUCAUUGUCAAACGCAAAAUUAGCAUCAUCAGUAGAAGCAGCAGUGGUCGAACCAUCAUCAGUAACAGAAGCAGAAGAAUUUACAGCAAAAUUAGCAGAAUCAUUAUCAAAAGCAGAAUUAACGUCGUCAGUGGAAGCAACAACAACAUCAUUACCAGAAGCAUCAGUAAACUUAACAUCCAUGGAAUUUCUUUACUCCCAAGCGGGAGCAAUAUUUCUCCUCUCGAGUUCAUCACAUCCGGAAAUGAAUAAAUUCCUCACUUCAACUGGUUCAUCAAAAAUUUUCCAUGAAUAUUUACAUUUGGCUUUCGCAAUGAAACAACUGUUGAAUGCAAACAAAAUUGACAUUGAAUUUAUUCGAAUAUUCACCCUGCCAGCAUUAAUUUACUACGUCUGGAAUAAUAGAGAGAAACUUGUAAAUGAAACGACAGCAGAUAUUGUCACAAAUGCAGAACAUGUUAGAAAAGCACUGGAACAAUUGUUCUUCUAUUUGAACGAAGAAACCGAUAGUCAAAGAAUAAUAGUUGAGGAAAAAAAUUUACUUUAUCAACAUCAAUUGGGAAUGGCGUUUCAUCAAAGUCGUACAGAAAUUGCUAGGAAUUUAAUUGGGAGACGGUGUUUACUGACAAAUGGCAUAAAAAUAGAUGAUGAGGUCACUAGGUACAAGAAUAAUCCUGGGACUUUUAGUUGUGAUGGUAGAAAAAGAGGUGAAUUGUUGGCGAGUCUUGAUAAUUGGAGAAGUUAUGAAUUGUGGAGUUUUUUGUACAAUGGAGGCAGUGAAGAAUUUUUGGGUUUUACUAAGGGAAAUGUUAGCGAAAUGCUGCAGGAUGUUGACAAUGGAAAUGUUAAUAGAUUACUGUUGGAUCUUAUCAACGGAAACGUUAGCAAUUUGCUGCUUGAUCUUAACAAUGGAAACAUUAGCAAUUUGCUGCUGGAUCUUAAUGACGGGAACAUUAGUGAGUUACUGCUGGAUCUUAACAAUCGAAACAUUAGCGAACUGCUGCUAAUUCUAAGCAGUGGAAAUAUUAGCGAAUUAAUUCUGAACCUAAAUACAGAAAAUAUUAACAAUCUGCUGCUGGACCUUAAUAACGGAAACGUUACCAAUUUGCUGUUGGAUCUUAACAAAAGAAACAUUGGCGAACUGCUGCUGAUUCUAAGCAGUGGAAACAUUAGCGGAUUAAUACUCAAUCUAAAUACACAAAACGUUAGCAAUCUGCUGCUGGAUCUUAACAACGGAAACAUUAGCAAUUUGCUUCUGGAUCUAAACAACGGAAACAUCAGCGAACUGCUGCUGAUUCUAAGCAGUGGAAACAUUAGCGGAUUAUUACUGAACCUAAAUACAGAAAAAGUUAUCAAUCUGCUACUGGAGUUUAACAACGGAAACAUUAUAGAAUUGUUGCUAAAUCUAAAUACAGAAAACAUUAACAAUCUGCUGUUAGAUCUUAAUAACGAAAACAUUAGCAAUUUGCUGUUGGAUUUUAUCAACCGAAGCAUUAGCGGGUUAUUGCAGAACUCAAACAACAGAAACAUUAGCGAAUUAUUGCUGGACCUAAACAACAGAAACAUUAUCAAAUUGCUGCUGGACCUUAAUAACGGAAACAUUAGCAAUUUGCUGUUGAAUUUCAAUAACCUAAACAUUAGUGAGUUCCUGCUGAAGUUUAAGAACCAAAACAUUAGCGGAUUGUUGCAGAACUUAAACAACGAAAACAUUAGCUAUUUGCUGCUGGAUCUUAACAACGGAAACAUUAGCAAUUUGCUGUUGGAUUUUAACAACCGAAACAUUAGCGGAUUGUUGCAGAACUUAAACAACGGAAACAUUAGCGAAUUACUGCUGGACCUGAACAACAUAAACAUCAUCAAAUUGCUGCUGGACUUUAAAAUCCGAAACAUUAGCAAUUUGCUGAUGGAUCUUAGAACCCAAAACAUAAAAAAAAUUUCCCCAAUUCUAAAUAACGGAAAAAUUAGUCGAAUAUUCCUCAAUUUGGUUACAAGAAAAAUCAACAAAUUGCCACCAUCUCCUAAUAAUACAACCACCACCGAAUUUCUUCCAAAUCUAAACGGUUUAUUUCACCAACAAAAUGAAUUAAUCGCAAAAAAUUAUUUCCACUAUGAAAAAUAUGUAAUAGAAAAAUUAUUCGGUGACAAAUUCAUUGAAACACUAAAUAACGAAUCUGUGGAAAUUUCCCAAGGAUUCUUCAAAACCUAUUGUACUGGUAGACCAUUUGAUUUUAUUAAAGUCCAACAAUUACGAAAUUCAGACGAUCUACUGAAAUUCCACUAUUUCCCUAGUGGUAAAAUUGUCUACUUUGCACUAAUUCGUACUAAUGACGAUAUAAAAUUAAUAUCCGAAUUUGGUAAUGAGAGAUUUCGUCAACAAUUGGGUUUAUCUGCUAAUGAAAAAUUUGAGAAAAGAAAUUUUAAAUUAAUCAAAGAAGCGGGGGAAAAUUUUACAAUUUUUGUCAAUAGAUUAGCCAGAGAACGUGAAGAAAUGUUGAGGAGAAAUUUGGAUGCAAUUGGUUAUGAUGCUACUGUUCAGGAAGUGUGGUUUGAAUAUUUUUUUAAUUUACUAACAAUAUCAUUUUCUGUAUCGUCGUUUUUAAAAUUAUUAACUGUACUAUUAAUUCUAUUUGAUUUGAAAUUUUCCAAGUCAAUGUAUUUUCAUUUUUAAGCACGAAAUUUAAUACUUUCGUU